AUGUCACUAUUACAUAGUCCUCAAACGUCUACAGCGGCGAAUGCAGAAAUAAACAAUUGUUUAGUCUGCACGAAUGCCAUGACGCGUAGCCUAGCAAGAAAUUUAGCUCCAAAUAUGACCUCGGCUGUGGAACAGCAACAAGAACCGCCAUCUUUAAACACCAGCUUAAAUGUCCCGAUUGCGGACAUGAGUCAAAGCUCAGGUAAUGCUCCCAACCGAAAUGCUCGAGAUAACUCGAACAGAUCGCGAAAUCGUGGGAGAAGAAAUAAUGCUAAUCGUCCAAACAGUAUUGAUUACGACCGCAUCUCACAAAUGGUAGAAGAGAGCGUUCAACGAAUGUGUCGUUCCUUGAAUUUAACUUCCAAUCCAAUCGAUCGGAAUACGCGUAAUAAUAGCGGAUCGCCCGAUGAGAAUAGUCGCAAUAAUUUGUCAAGGGGUGGCUCAUUAAGUACGGCGGUUAAUCCCACAAAAAUUUCUAAUAUUAUACAAAAAUGGAAUGUGCAGUUCGAUGCAGAUGGCCGUGCGCAUCACGUUAAAGUGUUUCUUAACGUAUAUAUGCGAUACCAAGAUAUGGAAAGACAAAUAAAAUUAUACGUCAUACCGUCGAUUACUCAAAGACUUAUUUUGGGUAUUGACUUCUGGCGCAUUUUCGAAUUGGCACCAGGGAUUAUCAGUGAAGUGGCGUUAGAAAAUUCCCAGGGAGAUUCUUCGAUUGAUUUUCCGUUGACAGAUAGCCAAAAACAGCAAUUAGAAGCUGUCAAAUUGCUUUUUCCUAAUUUUGAAAUUCAAGGCUUAGGCCGUACUGGGUUGAUUCAACAUCAUAUUGACGUAGGCGGUGCCAAACCGAUUAAACAAAGAUACUACCCUGUUAGCCCGGCUGUUGAAAAAUUAAUGUUUGACGAAGUGGAUAGGAUGAUGAAAUUAGGCGUAAUUGAGCCAUCUAAUUCAGCAUGGAGCUCGCCAAUGAGAUUAGUGGUAAAACCCGGCAAGGUUCGAUUGUGCUUGGAUGCCCGCAAAGUUAAUGAAGUGACGAAAAAAGAUGCUUAUCCACUUCAGAGCAUCGACGGCAUCUUUUCUCGACUGCCAAAGGCUAACAUCAUUACCAAAUUAGAUCUGAAGGAUGCCUAUUGGCAGAUUGAGUUGUUGCCAGAGUCGCGUCCGUUAACAGCGUUCACGAUUCCCGGGCGACCACUGUACCAAUUUGUUGUCAUGCCAUUUGGGCUAUGCAACGCACCGGCCACUAUGUGCCGACUCAUGGAUGCCUUAAUCCCCCCAGAUCUGCAACAUUGCGUGUUCGGUUACUUAGAUGACAUGUGCAUAGUAUCUGAAGAUUUUUCUUCGCAUCUGUCUGUAUUGGUGCGCAUAGCAGAACAAUUUCGAAAAGCGAAUCUUACACUAAACCUGAACAAAAGUCAAUUCUGUGUAACUAAAAUCAACUACUUAGGUUAUGUGAUAGGAAGCGGUGGAGUUUCCACUGACCCAGAAAAGAUUUCUUGUAUUGUGUCUUGGCCCCCGCCCAAGAAUAUUAAACAAGUCUGUGGAUUUUUAGGAGUGUGCGGAUGCGAUUAUGGUAUUGGCGCGGUGCUUGUACAAUUAUCCGAUGAAAAUGAUGAAAAACCUAUAGCAUUCAUGUCAAAGAAAUUAUCGAAAGCUGAAAGAAACUAUAGUGUCACUGAAAGAGAAUGUUUAGCCGUAAUUUUAGCCAUUGAGAAGUUUCGAUGUAAUCUCGAACUUCAAGAGUUGGAGACUAUGUGCAAUUUACCCGAUUUAAAAGUCGUUGAUAAGUUUGUUUAUAUUCGCACGCAGCAUUUGGCAGGUAGCAUAGACGAAGACAACAACGCGUGGAAAUUAUGGGUCCCCGAAAGGUUGAGGAAGGACGUUAUUAAACGUGCCCAUGACAGUGUCAUUACUGCCCAUGCCGGCAUGCAAAAAACCAUUGAGCGAAUUAAGCGUAAUUUGUUUUGGCCAGGUUUGGCGAAAGAUGUACGUGACUAUAUUCGACAGUGCGAUACCUGCAAAGAAACAAAAGCGCCAAACGUUACGCUUACUCCGCCAAUGGGGUUGCAAAGCGUGUCUUUGAGACCCUUUCAAAAAUUUUACAUUGAUAUCCUUGGCCCAUAUCCAAGAAGCAAACGCGGCAAUAUUG